ACAGAAGCCCAAACAAACGUGCCGGACUGAAUGAAUGACUAUAUAAAGCGUUUCAAAACCCUAGCUUCACUCUCCGCCUCUUCUGCUUCUGCUCUGCAUCUCCUCGCGAACCUCUUCGCCCAUUUCAUAGGAAGCAAAGAUGGUUCUCUCAAAUGAUUACGAUUUGCUCAACCCACCGGCGGAGCUUGAGAAGAGGAAGCACAAGCUCAAGCGUCUCGUUCAAUCUCCAAACUCUUUCUUCAUGGAUGUCAAGUGUCAAGGAUGCUUCAACAUAACCACAGUGUUUAGUCAUUCGCAGACAGUGGUGGUGUGCGGGAACUGCCAGACCGUGCUGUGUCAACCAACAGGCGGGCGCGCCAGGCUCACUGAGGGCUGCUCCUUCCGGAGAAAGGGCGACUGAUUUUGUGUUGGUUAUAUACACUGUUCGCCUUCCAUGAGAUACCAAAUGCAAUCAAGUUCAGGGCCGAUUUUGUGAUGGGUGUGAUUUCAGUUUAUUUUUGGUGGAAUGUUAUUUUAUUUCUGAACCCUUUAUUUUUUUGUUUUGGUUAAACAGUGUGGUUUUAAUUAUGUGAUGAUGAGGAUUUUACCAAUGUUUAUGUUUCUUGUUAUGAUCGACGUUAUUUGACAUGAGAUUUUGAUAGGCUUCAUCUGACA